CCCACAUUCGCACCUCGACGACGCACCACCCGGCUCCAAAGAUUGAAAUUACGACAGCCUGGGCCGACACCACCCAUUCGCGACCCCGUACGGUAAGGUACUACUACGUACGGCCCCCCCUCUACCCCUGUCCCCUUUACUACCCACAAAGUGGCGUAUCCACACACCAGACACAAGUCAAUCCACGGGAUUCCUGCUGUCCGCCUGUCGCAGACUGCGUCGCUCGCUCGCUCUCCCUUGGGCCUUUGCCUAUACCCACCAUCCUUCUACCCCCGUAUUCUGGCCCUUGUUGCCCGGUUUUCCCUGAAUCCGACCUUCCACCCGUCUUGGUUUUGGGUCCAGUCCUGCUUUUGCCUUUUGCUCACUCGAACCCAAGCACCAAGCAGAGGAAGCCGCACCAAGGAAGGAACCAAGGUUGCAGCCAGCCAGCAAGCACCUGCCACUCCCUCACACAGUGCCAUCCAGCAACCACCACCGGCGCCUCCUUUCAUCACUCCUUCCUUCCCCGUCCAGCCCUCCGCUUGGCGAUCUGCUUCCCUUCCCUCUCCCUUCCUUUCCCAAUUUCCUUUUAGCAACAAACAACAAAACUCACCAAACCCACCCAUCUUCAAUCCCAGCCCUUCCCUCAGGUCGACACCUAGCCCUGCGACUACCGAUUGAUUCGACGACAACGACGACACGAAUAUUGCCUUCGCUUCUUCCGUCGCCGCCUUCGAGAGGGACGCACUCUUCCAUUACCUCCAUCGCUCGCUUCGUUUUCUUCGCCGGAACAGGAGGAUUGACAGGAACAACCACCGCGCCAAACUCUCAAUUCGUCGGCAGAUAACCUUCGCUAGCACCUUUUUCCCUGCCACGGAAAACAAGCCAACCUUUGCGAAAUAACUACAGAGGCCUCGAGCCCGAUCGACGACCGCAUAAAUCCCUUCGCUUCUAACGAAUCGUCUUCUGUCGCCAAUACCGUCUGGAACGACGUCAACCCCCAUGAUAUUCUCGACCUAGACGGCUUCCAACCCCCCCCCGCAUCUUCCGCGCUCCAUCGUCUACCAACGACGACACUGGACUACAGUCAAGCGCAUCACCUCUUAUUCUAACCCAGACCAUCUCGACGACAUACCACCCACCAUGAGGUUGUCAUUCGCUAAGCCGUUGCUGCUGCUCGGCACCCUGGCCACCUACCUCACUACGCCAGUUCUUGCUGCUGAGCAGUUGCUCCAGUCAAACUCCCUCAACACCUGCCAGGAUGAUUCCAGCUUCACAGCCAGUCUGUUCAACGUCGUCUUCACCCCCGGCAAUGGAAGUGCCGCAAUCAACAUUGUCGCCGUCUCCUCUGUUCAGGGCAGCAUUGUCUUUGAUGUCUCUAUUUCCGCUUACGGUUACGAGUUCCUGAGGCGCACUGUUGACCCCUGCAGCAUCAACCUCGCUGGUCUGUGCCCCAUGACUGCCGGAAAGAUCACCAUGAACUUCAACUUGCCUGUUGGUGAGGAUGCCGUUGGCCAGAUUCCGGGCAUUGCCUACAACAUUCCCGAUCUCGACGCUACCGUCCGUGUCUUCGUCAACUUGACCGACACCUCCACUAGUGUGGCUUGCGUUGAGGCUGAUAUCUCCAACGGAAAGACGGUCGACUUGAUUGGUGUCAAGUGGGCUACCGCCAUCAUCGCCGGCUUGGGACUGAUUUCUUCCGCCGUUAUCUCUGGUCUCGGUCACACCAACACCGCUGCCCACGUUGCCGCCAACACGCUAUCGCUUUUCGGCUACUUCCAGUCUCAGGCUAUCGUUGGUCUCACCGGUGUUCACCUGCCGCCUAUUGUCCAGUCAUGGACUCAGGACUUCGUUUGGUCUAUGGGUAUCAUCCGCGUCCAGUUCAUGCAGGAUAUAUUCACAUGGUACCAGCGGGCAACUGGUGGAACUCCCUCCACUCUCCUCAACUCCUUGACGACCACUUCCGUCCAGGUUGAGAAGCGUUCCAUGGAUUGGGCCCUGUCGGCCGCUAGAAUGGCCAAGCGUGGCAUUUCUUCCGUUCCCUCCAUCAUCGCCAAGAGAGCCAACAUCCAGCUUUCCUCCGGCAGCUACAUCGUGUUCGGUAUCCAGAGAGUUGCCUUCCGCGCCAAGAUCGAAUCGACUAAUCUCUUCAUGACUGGCUUGUCCUUCUUCUGCGUUUUCGUCAUCUUCACCGUUCUUGGCGUCGCGGCCUUCAAGGGAUUCUGCGAGUUGGCUGUCCGACAGAAGUGGAUGAAGAGCGAGAAGUUCCUCGAGUUCCGCAACGGCUGGUUCACUGUCCUGAAGGGAAUUCUCUUCCGUAUGACGCUGAUUGGUUUCCCCCAAAUGACGAUUCUCUGCCUCUGGGAGUUCACUCAGGCUGACUCCGCGGCUGAGGUUGUUCUCGCUGUCUUCUUCCUCUUCGGUAUGGCUCUCACCCUCGGAUGGGCUUCCUUCAAGGUUAUCAGAAUCGCGCGUCGCUCCGUGGCCAUGCAUCGCAACCCGGCCUACAUCCUCUUCUCGGACCCCCAGGCCCUUAACAAGUGGGGUUUCCUCUACGUUCAGUUCCGCGCUUCAGCAUACUACUUCAUCGUCCCUACGCUUGGCUACACUGUUGUCAAGGGAAUGUUCGUCGCCUUUGCCCAACGCAACGGAACCAUUCAGGCCAUUGCCUUCGUCAUUAUUGAGGCUGCUGCGCUCAUCGCUGCCAGUGUUUUGCGCCCUUGGAUGGAUAAGAGCACCAACUCGUUCAACAUUGCCAUCUGCGUCAUGAACUUCCUCAACGCCGUUUUCCUGCUCAUCUUCUCCGACGUUUUCGGUGCCCCGGCUCUGGUAAACGGUAUCGUUGGUGUGGUUCUGUUCAUCGCCAACGCGGCCUUCGCUCUGAUCCUUCUGCUGCUUGUUAUUGUCAGCAGCACAUUGAUCUACUUCCGCAAGAACCCUGAUGCUCGCUACCAGUUCAUGGCCGAUGACCGAGCAUCCUUCAUGAAGUCCCAGACCCAGCUCAACACCACUACCGAGUUGGACGCUCUGGCUGCGACUGCCCGAGGUGACAAGGCCCACUACAACAAGGGACUCGACCUUGAUGACGACAAUGACUCCAUCUCUUCUGAGUCCAUGCGUCGCCGAGCGGACCCCUCUGGUGUUGCUCUGCCGCCAUCGACUGCCCAGUCAGCUGCGCCCUCUCAGCACUCUCUUCAGCGUCCUGGAGGUCAACAGCACGGCCAGGCGCCGCACUCGCCAGUGGACCCUUCGAUGCCUCUCUUCCCGGCAGACAACCGCAACCCCUAUGGACAAGGGCCGACUCGCACUCCCAGCCCAUACAACGGCUCCGCAUCAACGCUUGGUGCCAACAAUCACAACCAGUACCGCAACCAGAACAAUGCCAGCCCUGCGCAGUACCGUUCCCAAAACAACGCCAGCCCUUGGCAACGUGGUGCCGGAUAUGAGCACUAGAUAUGACUACACAUGAUGUUUGCCCGUUUUGAUGGGAGAUACCACAGUCCAAGGACAAAGCGCUAGGGAAUCUUGCCGGUUCUUCUGUAUAUGUGUUGGCAUUCUGGUCCACCCAAUCAUCUUGGGCACAUUUUCUCGGAUACACGAAAACACGAGGGAUUUUAACAGGAACCUCAAAUCCCAACCAGGACAGUAAUGAUGUGCCAUUGCGGGAAAGGAGACUUGAGCUCUCGCCUUGGGUUAUGACGCAAUGCAUCACAGGAUAGACGGAAUGGUAUCUUCCUUUUUUUACUUCUCUCAUCUCUAUGUUUCACACACUUGUGUCUGGCAUUGAAGACGGCGUCCCGAGAUCACGGCGUUGAUUAUUGUUUUUACGGGGUUGUCGGGCACGCUAAUCAGGAGGAUUGCUGCGCCGUACUGGGUUUUCUUGACUUUGUAAAUAAGUUGCUGAUGGCAAGAGAAAGGAUACCUCGCCAGCGAGUACAGCAGCGGUGGAAUUGGGCAGGCUAGGAAUUGGGAUAGGGGUUCACAAAAACAAGCCAGCUUCAAUGGCAAGAGGAAAGCAUAUCCAUCUGUGCCGAGGUCACACUCGGCUUGGAAGGUUUUGAUACUCUCAGGGAUAUGAUGAACCCCAUGAUAAGGAAAACAGACAAAAACCCUCACAAAAUAGCUAAUGAAUCCCUUUGUUACACAAGCUUCUCGGAGACACGCAAUGUCUCGGCCGAUUCCAGGCGAUUCUUCUUGAUGAAAACUUUACUUACUGACGGACGAGCAGGUCUUGAUAUCUAAGGGGUGGGAGGGGAGGAACCACGAUUGGCCGACGGCAAGGAAGCCCAAAGUGUCCGCCGUCGACAUCUUUGUUGAGUGGUCUUGUCCUCUCUUCCCCUCGGCUCUUGUGUCACGGUAGAUCAAGAGACGGACAGAACUCCGGCGAUCAAGGUGCUCUCUAUUUCUCUUGUUCCCCCCCAUUUAGAGUUGGCCAAACGGGCAAAGGGGGGGUUAAAGAUUCGGCCGUUGCGGUGGGUGGUUCGGCCGGCUGAUCUACCGCGAGAUGGACAGCUAAACACGAAGAGUUUCGGACGUUAGUUGAUUGAUGCUCACCUAUUCUUGUCUAACCCGUCAAAGAAGUGAAUGAUGGAUGGGUGGGUAGGUGGGUGAGAGAGGAGACAACAGGGGAUAGAGCGUCUGGUCCGGAAGACAAGCCGGGGCUGUCUUGAUUUGAUAUCAAUUGGAAGAGGAAAAUCGUUUCCCGCGGCAAGUAAGGUUUGACCGACGGCCGUUCUGGAUCCUCUUGUAGACGGAGCAGGAUGGAUGGAUGGGUGGAUGGACGGGCGGGACCUGAAUGAUACGUCCGUACCGGGGGAGGCCGGAGGAGGAGGAGAAGAUCCAGUCAUCCCACCCGGGCUCGGAGGGGAAAAGCGUGGGAAGGUGAGGGAGGUGAGAGUGGGCUCGGUGAAGGUGGUGUGGAUUAGGUGUGGUGGAGAAAUAGAGAGGCCGACACGGAAGAAAGCAAGAUGUAUGAGGAAUAGGAUUCAGGACGGGAGAGACGCCGUGGAGGGGAUGAGAGGAUGGUGGGCUCAAGAAG